AUGCUAGGUGAUCCGGCAAUAAGAUUAAGGGAUGCUAUUAUAGAGGGAAACUUACUUAUUGUGAAGAGAUUACUACGACUUCAUCCCGAAUUACUCGUUAAUAUUGAUCCACGCAAUGGAUGGAGCUCUUUACAUUAUGCAUCUUUUCAUGGUAGAUACUUAGUUUGCGUAUUACUAAUCCAAUUGGGGCAUGAUAAACAUGAGGUUAUGAAAACUUUUAAAGGAAAUACCUGUGUUCAUUUGGCUUUAAUAAAUGGGCAUGAACAGACUACCCAUCUUUUAAUACAACACUUUCCACAAUUUAUAAAUUAUAAAGGCGAUAGAGGCCAAACGCCAACACAUAUUGCAUGUAUGCAUGAUUAUUAUCAGUGCUUGAGUCUCCUAGUCGGAGUAGGUGCUGAUCUUUCCAUAGUAAACGAUGAAGGAGAUACACCAUUACAUGUUUGUCUAGAAUAUGGCAGUGUGAAUUGCAUGAAAAUGCUAAUCCAAGAAGGUAAUAUGACAGACGAUACGAUAAGAAAUCGAAAUAAUUGGAGACCUAGCGAUGUUGCAAAAACAUACGAAUUAGCAAGAUUAUAUAAUAAAGUUCUAAAAGACACCACUUUAGCAGGCAUUACAAGAAAACCCAGUUAUUCUACUUUCAGAACACCAAUUCUAAAUUCAAAGGGCACUUUUGAUGACAAGCCAAGCCCUAGCAUAUCGAUAAAUUCAUAUCAUUCUUUAUAUACACAACCUACACUAUUACCUAAAAUAUCAACGAGCCGUAGAACAUCUGGAACAUAUGGUACAGUUAAUACAACUAGCGCAGCAACGGGUACUACAGCUAUGAGCUCUAAUAGUAGUCAUAGUAUGAAAUCACCGGUGGCAAAUAUGAAUUUCUCCUCAAUGUUUAGCCCCAAAGAUGCUUCUUCAAAGGCCUCAUCCAAGGCCUCUUCAAAAGUCUCUUCUAAAUCGUCAUCAAAUACACUAUCAAUUAAAAAGAAAGAUUCAAGUGUGCAUUCUCCUACUACUCUAGGCAAUGGUAACAAUAGCAAUGUUGGUAACAUUAUAAAUAACACCCCUCGAAGCAGCCGUAGUACUAAUAAUAGUAAUCGUAAUAGUAUUGACCGGCAAUUGACAAAUACGUCAUCGAAUAUUUCACCUAGAAAACAAGUUACCAUCACUACUAACACAGCCACCCAGAUUCCAGCUUAUGAUUCAACUACCAUGGAAAAGAAAUCAUCUACUGCAAAUUUAUCGAGUGUAGCUACAACUCCCGUUAAAUUUGUUGCAGCAGAUACCCUAUUUAAUAUUAGUGGACACCCUUUAGCUUCACCGGGAAAAGUUAAGAGCAACACUAGUUCUAAUUCAUUAUCUAUAACUAUAAGCCAAUCCACUUCGAAUUCGAACUCAAAUAUCAAUACAAAUAAUUCAACUAUUAGUCCACAAAGCAAUAGUUCCACUAUAAGUCCUGGUAAAAUAAUCAUGAAUGAAACUACUGAUAAUUCUGGUAGUACCAUUAGUACUUUGCUUACAUUACCACAUAUUCCGUCUCAUAGACCAAAGAAUUUCUCUAAUAAAUUACGUGAUACUGCUAAUAUUCAAAAUCAUUCCCAGAAUGAAAAUACUUUUUCUGAGAUUGAAAAGGUUACUGGAGACAAUAGUAAAGGUACAUUAAAUUUGAAAACUAAAGAAGAUAUCAUCAAACAUGCAUCAUCUGAUGGACAUGGUUAUGAAAGAAGUGUCAAAUACGGCGACCAAUCUCAAUUUAAGAGUGACUGGGAAAAAUAUAAAAUUGAAAUGGAAAAAUAUAAGAAAAAUGGUGGAAAUUUCAAAGGUGAAAAUGAGAAGAAAUUUUGGGCUAAUCAUCGUGUUGGUGGAGAGUUAAUGAAAAAUAAUAACACUGAAUUAAUUAAUAAGUAUCUCUCGAUGAAUACGGAUACCAGUAAUUACUUAACAAGUAAUGAUAACUUGGUCGGAAGUAGUAUCACAGGUAAUACAAGUGACAAUGCAAGUAACUUUAAUAUAGGAGUUGGAACUAGUUAUAACAAUGGAACUGGUAUUCAUACAAUAGAUACAAUUUAUUCCCCCACAGCACCUUUUAAAUCCAUGCAUCCUGGCUCCUUAAAUAGGGUAUCAUUAUUAAACAUUCCCGUAGCAAAGAUACGAAAGGAAAACCCUAAUAGAGAACGGUCAAAUUAA